GGACGAACACCUGGCCCGGGGGGCGAGGGCCUCGCCGAGGCCAAGGGCCCCGUCGCCUCGCGGCAGCCUCGUCCCUGGCCUCCACAUCCCUGGGCAGCGACGCCUCGGCCGCCAGCGCCGCGCGGCCCAUGGCUCCGGCGCCUGGCGCGCCCGCCGCCCUGCUGGCCGGGCCACGGCCCUGCGGCUACCAGUCGCUCGGGCCUGGGGGCGCGCAGGGCCUGGAGGUGGGUGGCGGGGUGGCCUGGUCCAUGGACCAGACGCGGCGCCUGAGUCCCACGGAUGAACUCCAUGGCCUCGUGCAGCACGUGCCAAGGAUCGAGGCGAGCAUCGUGAGCUCGGUCUCGAGCGCAGUGGAGCACCUGAACAGGGGGCUGCUGGAGUGCCGAGAGGGUCUCUGCGUGGUGUUCUCGGCCUCGGUCGACUCCAGCUUCCUGCUGUACCGUCAGGACCGGAAGGACGUCCUCCAGCGCUUCGGCCUCCAAGAGGCGCCUCAGGGGAACGCGGCGCUGAGCCGCUCGGCGUCUCGCAGGUGCUCCAGCUUCGACCCGGCCCCCCGCCGCGCCCCGCCAGUCAUCACGAGCCCGCAGGACCGCGCACCUUCCGCCGCCGCCCAGGAAGGCAGGCUCGGCCGGCGCGCGGCACCGGCGUCGCCUGGCGGGGCCUGCCCCAGCUCGCCCCAGUGCGGCGCUGGCCGCACCCCGUCGGCGGCGCCCGCGGCGGCAGUCCGGGCCACCUCGGCCGCUGCCGCGCAGGCGCCGGCAGAGGAGGGGCCUGCCCUGGGCCCCAGCGAGCUGCGCGUGGGCGGCUCCAGGUUCCAGGUCCUCGACCUCAUCGGCAGAGGGGCCUUCGGCACCGUGUGGCGCGCGCGCCGCGAGGGCGGCCGCGAGGAGUGCGCGGUCAAGGUCACGAGCACCGAGGACGCCGCCUCCUUCGCGGCGGCCACCUUCGAGGCCGAGCUGUUGCAGGUCCUGGAGGCCGCCUGCGCCCACCUGCGCCGCCAUGUGCCACAGUACGUGGCGCACUCCGAGCACAAGACGCGCAACGUGGGCGAGCUCGUGGGUGGCCGGCUGCCCGGCGGCCAACAGGGGCGGUGGUCGCUCGGGGGUGCGUGUGCCGUCGCGCGGGAGAUGCUCACGCAGCUCGCGCCGGGCGCCGCCGCGCCCAGCUUCGGCCUCAUCGAUUUCGGGCUCGCGGUGCGCUCGUCCACGUGGCCCCAGCGGUGGCGCAGCUCCAACCUGGCGGGCGACCCUCGCUACUGGGCGCCGUCCGCGUGGAUGGCGCUGGCGCUCGGCUUCAGGCACGUGGCGGGCCAUCCCAACUCCGGCUUCCAGCACCAGUACCUGUCGCGCAUCGACCACUUCGCUGCGGGCAUCAUGGGGCUCGAGGUCCUCUUCGCCCUCUGGGACGUGGCCGCCCUGGAGGGCCCGUGCUCGCACCUCCUGGAGGCCCACGCGGCCUGGACGGAGUACUGGUCGGGCAUCAUCGUUCUGUUCCAGCAGUUCCACCG